AUGUCGGACUGGGGACCGAUUCUAGUGACGGUGAUACUCUUUGUGAUGCUUACGCCAGGACUUCUGUUUCAGUUGCCUGGACGACAAAGAUACCUUGAGUUUGGUAAUUUUCAGACAAGUGCUGCCUCCGUUAUCAUCCAUUCUCUUAUCUACUUCUCCCUUGUCUGCGUCUUCCUCCUCGCCCUCAAGAUUCACAUCUACAUCGCCUAGUUUUAACCCUUUAUUAUGUAUUAUGUGUUUUCCUUUUUAAAAGUUUAUAACCUUAUUAAAUCGUUUUCAUAUGGUCUA